AUAUUUUAGAGGAAAUGCAAUCAUCUUUGUAAUACUUAAAUAUUAUUUAAUUUACUUUACUCAUUGUUCCACUACCGAUAGCAUGGAUUAUAAUUUUCGACGAUAUUGAUACAAGGGGAUUCUAUAAAUAAAGGGGUUAGUUCUACAUCGGUGAUUACCUAGUAUUUGUCUCUGUCGGACUCUGCGUGCCUAGAUGAUUUUUCAAAUACUUACAUAAAAUGCUAAUUUUAUACUGUUUCUCUCUAUAACAGUUACAUUUAAGAUCUUUGAAAGAAUUAUAGGGAAAUUCUAAAAUAAUCUAGAGUAAAACAAAACUCGUAAAGCAGAAACACUGGUUCAACUUUCAAAAUCAAAAUGGCGAUUACUUACACAAUAAUAAUUCCUUACCACACCAAAAUCCGAAUAGUCUAAUAGUGUGCCAAGUGUUUUUGUUGACGCGCAAAGAGUACAAUACAAUAUAUAUUGACGCGUUUGUAUACUAAGUAAAAAAAUAAAUACUAAGUAUGUGUUGUUUUUUUUAAUGAAACGAUAAAAAUGUAUAUUUCAUGACAAGUUAUUUUGCAUAGUUGGGCAAGGUUACGCGAUGUUAGCGGUCGUGUUUAUGCUGUGUUUGUUGAGAGUGGGCAUCGCUUACGAAUUAAAAUGUAGCGAGAAAAAUGUUGCGAGCGCGACAAUGCGCCCGUCGGAGGACGGCAUUCCGGGUCGAUACAAAACGCAAGUGUGCGUCGAAAAAAAGCCGAAUGUGAUCGAGUGGGGUCUCGACCUUACGUUCAAGGCCGAAAAAUACUGCAUCAACAAACAUCACGGCUUUCAUCCUGGGAAGCCACACUCCAUGUUUAAAGGAAACGUCAGCAAUCUAAUGGAGGAGUUGAACUGCACAUACGUGUGCUUGGAGACCCAGUGGGACUUAAUAUUCAGCAGCUGCUACUUCUUGAAGAGUACGCUGCGCAAGAGCUCCACCGAGUUACCGCCAUACGACUCGCAUUUCAACAUCACCAACCCGUACACGUAUCAGUACUUCAACGUAACUGCUGAGAUGACCGUCUUCGCACAUGAACAUGAGAAAGACUACAUUGAGCAAAUCGUUAAUUUCUUCGGUCGACAACCGCCAACGGAGUACUCUGUGGAGCUCUACAACACUAAUAAGUCCUUACCCCAUCAAGUGGUGACAGAGAACUGUUCGAUCGCGGCGGACGCGAUCCGGCUGGAGUGUUCGGUGCGGGCGGAGGAGGGUGCUACGUGCUGUGGCUGAAUCACCGCGCGCCGUGGACGUUCGGCGUGAUGAGCUCGCUGUCGUCGGUGAAGGCGGAGUGGUGCCGCACGGCGCCGGCGGGGCUGGCGGCGGAGCGCGCGCGCGGGCGGGUGGGGCGGCUGGGGCGCGCUGUGGGCGAGCGCGGGCGCGGCGCUGGCGCUGGCGGCGGCGGCGCUGCUGUGGCGCGCGCGCGACCGCACGCUGCACAAGCGCGUGCUGCGCUACUGGACCAGGUAACCCACGGCGCAUCGUCCAGGUGCGUGUCGGAACAACUAUUGGCAGAUUUCAAAAAUAUGUAACUAAAUAACAUUAUAUUAUGUAAUUCUGCUCUAGUCCCAAUAGAUAAGUCAUCACAUAAGUAAUGAUUAAUAAUUAUCUUAGCUAAAUUAGUAAAACUAAAUCGUAAAACAGCACAAACCGUUCGGCAAUGCGUAGAACCGUCGAUCCGGAUCGACAGUGUCGUGGAAUAGCGCGGGUCUGAUAACUCGUGAUAAAGUUAGCGCAGUCCGGCGAAACCACGCGGGAAUAACGCUGUCGUGUCCCGAGAAUAGGUGUUUGCAACUUUGAAGACUAAUUUAACUAAUACUAUCGAGACAUUAAUUCAGAGAAAUUUAGGGAUAUGCGACCAUGUAAUGCGACUACCAUGUCCAGAGCAGGCUGUAUGUAACCUGUAGCCGCAAGGAUGACCGGGACAACUUUUCUUUGCUUGUUUCCCGGGUAUCUUUUUUUUUAGUUCCCAAGAGUUAUGUCUGUAGUGCCCCUCUAAAGCCUUUGAUGCAGAGCCUGGCACCCGAACGACAGACCGGCCCAUCCCUCCGUAAAGUCGGUAUUGGCCAUGUCUUAACAUUGUAGAAUUUUUGUAUUAUAAUUUCCUCAUUAAUUCGACACUUGCAUCACUCGUUUUAAGAACUAUGUGCCCCUUUUUCCUCGGCGUAUGUAUGUUAACCAGAUUUGUCAGCUCUUGUUUUGUAUUUAUUUAGACGUACUAAGCAGCGAUUCGUCGUGAAAUCGCUAGUGCCUCAAUAGCAAUACAAUAGCUCUGGCAAAAACUGAACACAGAUUCAACCAACUUGUGCAAAUCAUGCCAGCUCAAGUACUAAUACACUGAUUAUAAUAAAGUACUCGAUAAAAACUUAUUCAAUUUUAUUAAGUGUACUUAAGUUAAAUAAAUAAAUGUUUUAAAAUUUGAAUUUUUAAAUUGAGACAUACAUACACAUUUGCUUGUAAUGUGAAUUCGCAAGAUGCUCUCAUUGAUUAUUGUUAGUACUAUGUUUUACUAAGCGUUCCGCGGCUUUGCCCGCGUGAACCAAUUUUCCCACAAUAUUUAUCCAAAAAUCUACUUAUAAUAUGUAUGCCUUUAGUAGUAUAUAAUAGCGUCUGGAAAACCCAGAGUGUUAUAGCAAAUAUAUUUCUUAUCUUUUUAAUUGAUUUGCGUAAAUCGUACUGACCCCGGCGCCAGUUAUCACAAGAAAAGCAAUUUCAUUAGUUUAUCAAAAGAGGGCAUAUUAUGUACA